CAUAAUGUUGAUAAAUUGAUAAACUUGUUUUAUCUUGUUCCAGUACCACCGGAUAUAAUCGAUCACGAGACCAGCACAGACAUGAUUGUUAGAGAGGGUAGCAAUGUAACUCUACGCUGCUCAGCAACCGGGUCACCUUCUCCUAAUAUUACCUGGCGUCGUGAAGAUAGCAAGAUGUUCGUUGCAAAUGAUCAGAAAGUUAAAAGUGUCGACGGAUCAUAUUUGCGGAUAAUCAAGGUUACUCGCGGGCAUAUGGGAUCAUAUUUGUGCAUUGCAUCAAAUGGUGUGCCGCCUUCCGUCAGUAAAAGGAUCAUGCUAAUUGUCCAUUUUUCGCCGAUGAUAUGGAUACAGAAUCAACUAGUUGGCGUGAAGCUGGGUCAAAAAAUGACACUCGAGUGUCUGUCAGAGGCAUACCCGAAGUCGAUAAAUUAUUGGACAAAAGAUACAGCGGAAAUAAUUGCUCAAGAUGGCAGAUAUGAGCCGGUUCUAGAAGAAACUGGGUACAAAAUCACAAUGAAACUGACUAUUCGCUCUGUUUCCCCUGCCGACAUUGGUACAUACAAAUGUGUUUCCCGAAAUUCUAUUGGAGACACCGAUGGUACCAUCAAACUUUAUGAAAUCACAUCGGAUAACGAGCACGAUACAUAUGGUGACACUCACUACAGAGGAAAGCUCAGAAAGAAUUCGGGAAAUAAUUUGCUGGAUGGGGAUCAAGAUAUGCCGAAAGAACGAGACUUAAAGCUACGGGGGCGGAAGGAUAACGCCGUAGACGGGGAUGAAGAUUACGAAGAUUCAAGAUCGGGAUCUAAGUGUACUGCUUGGCAGUCGUCAUCAUUGCAUUGGUACUUUGCUUUCAUCAGCAUCCACAGCUGCAGUCUCUUCAUCCCGGUUGAGAGGAUAAACCUUCGCCUGACUUCCUUACUAAGUCAUUAG